GUAAAUUUGUAACUUCAGGCAGAUUACAAACAAAUAGUUACACGAUUACAUACCCGUCAUAGAUGCUGUUCGCUCAUUAACAUCAUCCAAAUCCCACAAAAUUCGUCCAGCUUGGUAGUCUUCGAAACAUCGCUGGAAAAUUUUAAAAAUCACUUCCCGCGUGUCACUCCGAUUUACUUUACUCAUUUUUAUACCUUUCUGCAAAGUUUCGUCUUAAUUUAUUACAGUUUAAUCCAAACAAUAAAAAAUACAAAAAGAAAACUGUUCUACAACUGAAACUCGAUGACAGCUGAUGUAGAUAAGUUUGGUGUUGCCAGACACAUGAAUAAUGUGCCAAUAUUGACAAGCAGAUGCAAAAUGUCGAAACGUACUGCUGAAGAUAGCGGUAAUGGCAGCGGCAGUAGUCAGCCACCUAUCAAAAAAGUCCACUUCGAGCCACAUCUUAUUGGGCCAGUGUCUACUCUGGAGGAAAUGGACAUAAAGGUUUUGCAGUUUCAGAACAAGAAGCUAGCACAGAGAAUAGAACAGAGACACCGUUGCGAAGCUGAACUCAGGGCAAGGAUAGAACAACUGGAGAAAAGGCAAACACAAGAUGAUGCUGUCUUGUGUGUUGUAAAUCGCUAUUGGAAUUUACUAAAUGAGGAUAUUAGGGUCCUACUACAACGUUUUGAUGCUGAGACCGCUGAUGAGUCUGAGAACAAAAAUGAAAAUGAAGCUACAACAUCAUUUUUGAUGCAACUUUCUACUUGGGAUAAAGAGGAACUCGAUGCUCAGUUAGCAAACCGUGUGCAAGUCAGCAAGCGAGCUGUAGCUAAAGUACUGCAAGCAUUUGAUAGGUUACAACAGAGAAAUGAUAAGAUAUGGAGAGCCAUUAAAGGAGAAGGAGAAGAAGGUGGACCCGCGCCAAUAUUGGACGAAGUAGUCCGCGCUACUAACGAGGAGGUCACUGCUGAGAACAGGCGCCUCCAGGCACUUUGUACAACGUUGCACGAAAGCCACCACGCCAUGACACUGCGGGUGGCGCAGCUUCAAGACGCUGUUAAUAGUCGGGACACAGAGAACGCUGAGCUCAAGAAUCAGAUCGACGACCUACAAUACGAGCUGAUGAAGGUGCGGUCCCGCAAUGAUAAACUCGAGAACCACCUAGCGGAGGCUAUAGAGAAGCUGAAGAGUUACCACCAGUCUGGCGCCAGCGCAGGCCCGGCCCCGGCCGCUCCCCUUUCAGCCGCUAGUGCGAAGCUAGAAGAUAUCGCGGCUGAGUUGGAAGAACAACGCGAACUGGCAAACAACCGCCUGGCCGAGCUCGACCGCCUGCACCGCCAGCACCGCGACACGCUCAAGGAGGUCGAGAAGCUCAAGAUGGACAUCCGGCAGCUACCCGAGUCGGUGAUAGUGGAGACGACGGAGUACAAGUGCCUUCAGAGCCAGUUCUCGGUGCUGUAUAACGAGUCCAUGCAGAUGAAGACGGCGCUCGACGAGACGCGGCUGCAGCUGCAGAACGCCAAGAAUCUGCACAUGCGCCAGAUCGAAAUGAUGGAGAGCGAAGAGUUGAGCAGACAAAAGGCUCUCAGAGCUGAAAUGAUCCAACUGGAAGACGUUUUAGGUCAGCUUAGGAAAGAGUAUGAAAUGCUUCGCAUAGAGUUUGAACAGAACUUAGCCGCCAAUGAGCAGACGGGGCCCAUAAACAGAGAGAUGAGACAUUUGAUAACUUCACUACAGAACCAUAACCAUCAGUUGAAGGGAGAGGUGCACAGGUACAAGAGGAAAUAUAAAGAUACUAGUCAGGAACUUAACAAGGUCCGCAAAGAGAUGGAAGAAGCCGCGGGUCGAGGCACUGGCACGGAGCCCAUAGAGGAGAAACCGCUUGCUGUCAAGAAGGAGGAACCUGACCCAGAGGGCGAGGAAGGAAGUUGCGCUGACAGUAAGCCCGCGGCCAAGGAGAUGGCUCGAGCAAAGCUGCAGGAACAAGACCAACUCAUCAAGGACCUCAAGCUGCAGCUCAAGAAAGCGGUAAACGAGCAGAAGGAAUUGAAGCUCCUAUUGGACAUGUACAAAGGAGUGAGCAAAGAACAAAGGGACAAAGUGCAGCUCAUGGCUGCUGAGCGCAAAGCUCGUCAGGAGCUAGAGGACCAUCGGCAGAAGGCCAAAAUGGCUCAGGAGAGUAAACGGGAGCGGCGUUUAGCAGAUGAAGACGCAUUACGGAAGAUUAAGCAGUUGGAAGAACAGAAGUACGAACUGCAGAAGCAGUUGUCUUGCGCCCGCCCCAACGCCGAUCCGCUGCACGCGUUCUCAAGACCAUUCGCUGGGUCUCAGGAGGAAGAAGCCCUCCUCAACGAGAUGGAGGUGACCGGGCAAGCUUUCGAAGACAUGCAGGAGCAGAACUCUCGUCUGAUUCAGCAGCUGCGAGAGAAGGACGACGCCAACUUCAAGCUCAUGUCCGAGCGGAUCAAGGCCAACUCGCUGCAGAAGCUGCUGCGAGAGGAGAAGCAGCUGCUGCAGGAUCAGGUAUUAACGCGCGACCAGCAGAUCGAGUCGAUGGGCGCAGUAGCACGACGGCUUGAAGAGAAGGAAAGGCUUCUGCAGAACACUCUGUCGGCCGUCGAGAAGGAACUGUUGCUGCGCCAGCAGGCCAUGGAGAUGCACAAGCGGAAGGCCAUCGAGUCUGCGCAGUCAGCCGCCGACCUCAAGCUGCAUCUUGAGAAGUACCAUGCUCAGAUGAAAGAAGCACAGCAGGUGGUAGCAGAGAAAACUAGUGCGUUGGAAGCUGAGGCAUACAAAACGAAGAGAUUACAUGAGGAGUUAGCCAUAUUGCGUCGGAAAGCUGAACGCAUGAAAAAGAUGGAGCAGGCCGGCAGCAGUAUGGACGAGGUGUUGCUGGAAGAGAUCCGCGAGUAUAAGGAGACCCUCACGUGCCCCUCGUGCAAGGUGAAGCGCAAAGACGCCGUACUAACGAAGUGCUUCCACGUAUUCUGCUGGGACUGCUUACGCACUCGUUACGAGACGCGACAGAGGAAAUGUCCCAAAUGUAACGCGGCAUUCGGCGCCAACGACUACCACCGCCUCUAUCUGUCCACGUAG